CGUCUAGAAAUUAAACAGUAUUUUUAUCGUUGGGGUUAAGUAAUCAGUCCUUCCCAAUUAACGUUGAUUCUAAUCCAUUUUUCUUCGUCAAUAUAUCCACCCAAAAUCAAAGAGACAAGCAAUCGAAUUAGUAGUGAAGGUAGUUGAAAAACUGAUAAACUGCCUUAUAGUUAUAGCAUGCCAAACAUUAGAUAAGACCGUCCACAUAAUUACACCCCAUUCCCUUUCCUUAAUCUCAUAACCAUAAAACGUACCCAAAUAUCAUAACAUAUCAUCAUAUCCUUUAAAACGAUCGAGUACUGAAACAUUAGAAACCUCAAAAAUUCCAAAACAUAGAACAUAAUAGCAAAACUUCAAACAUUUUCAAAUGGAGUCUGUUGUGUCUGAGCUAGAAGGCACGCUUCUGAAGAACUCGGACACCUUCUCCUACUUCAUGCUUGUGGCGUUUGAAGCGUCCGGUUUGGUUCGGUUCGUUUUGUUGUUGCUCUUAUGGCCGGUGAUUCAGUUGCUAGACAUGGUUGGCAUGGGUGACUUGGGGCUGAAGCUCAUGAUCUUUGUGGCCGUGGCUGGGGUUCCACGAAACGAGAUUGAAUCGGUGGCUCGGGCGGUUCUGCCCAAGUUUUACUUUGAUGAUCUUGACAUGGAAGCGUGGAAGGUGUUCAGCUCGUGUGACAAGCGUGUUGUGGUCACCAAAAUACCGCGGAUCAUGGUGGAGAUGUUCGUGAAGGAGCACUUGCGGGCCGAUGAGGUGAUUGGGAGUGAACUCUGCUUCAAUAGGUUUGGACUUGCUACUGGGAUGGUUCAGGGUGGCUCCAUUAGCAACGUUUCUGAAAGAGUUGCAAAGGUUUUCAACAAUGAAGGACCUACUUUGGGUAUGUCAUCAAGGCCUAGUGAUGCUUCGAGCUGUACAUCCAGCUUCAUCCAACUUUGCAAGGAACAAAUGCAACCACCAUUUACAACUGGCCAAAAGUACAACCACCACAUGCUCCCGCAGCCAAACCCAGUGAUCUUCCACGACGGCCGCCUCGUCAAGCGGCCGACACCCGCAACCUCCCUGCUAAUCAUCCUCUGGAUGCCCUUAGGCAUAGUACUCGCCAUAAUCCGCCUCAGUGUCGGCUGCAUCCUACCAUUUUGGAUCAUCCCUCACAUGUCAAGGCUUUUCAGCUGCAAAGUUGUCGUCAGAGGCAAGCCACCGCCCCCUCCUUCUCGCGGCAGCUCUGGUGUCCUCUUCGUCUGUACCCACCGCACCCUCAUGGACCCCGUCAUCCUUGCCUCCGUGCUCGGCCGUAAAGUCCCCGCUGUCACCUACUCUAUUUCACGCAUAUCAGAGAUCCUCUCUCCAAUCCCCACCGUGAGGCUAACGAGAAAGCGAAAUGUAGACGCCGAGAGAAUCAAAGAAGAACUCUCCAAAGGAGAUCUCGCGGUGUGCCCUGAAGGAACCACGUGUCGCGAGCCUUUCCUUUUGAGGUUCAGUGCGCUCUUUGCAGAGCUUACUGACCGAAUAGUCCCGGUGGCUAUGAACUACCGGGUGGGAUUCUUCCACGCCACCACUGCAAGGGGAUGGAAGGGUCUUGAUGCAGUUUUCUUUUUCAUGAACCCGAGGCCGGUUUAUGAGGUGACUUUCCUGAACCAGUUGCCGGUUGAGGCCACAUGCUCGUCGGGGAAGAGUCCACAUGACGUGGCGAACUAUGUGCAGAGGAUACUGGCAGCUACUUUAGGGUUUGAGUGCACCAACUUCACAAGGAAAGACAAGUAUAGGGUGUUGGCUGGGAAUGACGGCAUCGUAUCUUGCACUUCCUUCCUUGAUCGGGUAAUGAAGGUGGUGAGCACUUUCAAGCCAUUUUUACAGUGACAUUGUGUAAACAUAAGAAAAAUGGAAAGAAAAAAACGAUAAUUGUUUUAUUUUAUGAUUUGUUUCUAUUGGUAGCAGCUUUGUGUAUUGAAGAAUUAUCUUAAUUUUUUUUUGUAAAUCUUUUGGUUUUUUCUAUAGAUUGAUUUUUUUUAUUUGACAGAUGUCUCUAUCCAUUAGAGAAGUGAUUGUAUGUUGCUUACCUUUAGACGGUCUAGGCCAACACAUUUAGUUAUGACUUAUUAUUUA